CUCCAAAAAUAAAAAUGAACAGAAAAAACAGAAAACUAUAAAACGGCGAAACUGUAAGCUGACAGUUAGUUAGUGAAGUUCCAAGUGUAUUGACAUGGCGGAAGCGGGCAACGUUGAUCUCGAAAUUGAAGGUGAUAUUAAGCGGCACUCGCCUCGCUUUCAGCUGCAACUGAUUUCUAUUACGAUUCUCCAUUUUCAAUACCAUCGCAAUCAAUUCCGCUUUCUCAAAUCAUCACUCUUUCCCUUUCCCGAUCGGGUGUCUUCUCUCUUUUCAAUUCGAUUCCAUUCCGUUCCUCGAGGUUUUUCAAUUUCUUCGCCAUCAUGAACGCCUUAGCUUCUACCAGUCGCAAUUUGCGGCACGCGGCGCGGAUUCUAGGUCUGGACUCAAAGAUCGAGAAGAGUCUUCUGAUCCCGUUCAGAGAAAUCAAGGUUGAGUGCACGAUUCCGAAGGACGAUGGGAGUUUGGUGUCUUAUGUGGGGUUUAGGGUUCAACAUGAUAAUGCCCGUGGCCCGAUGAAAGGAGGAAUCAGAUACCAUCCUGAGGUCAACCCUGAUGAAGUAAAUGCUCUGGCUCAACUAAUGACAUGGAAGACUGCCGUAGCAGAUAUUCCUUAUGGAGGUGCAAAGGGUGGGAUUGGAUGCACUCCACGAGAGUUAAGUAUGAGUGAAUUGGAACGCCUUACUCGUGUAUUUACUCAGAAGAUCCAUGACCUUAUUGGCAUACAUACGGACAUUCCGGCACCAGAUAUGGGCACAAAUGCACAGACAAUGGCCUGGAUUUUGGACGAGUACUCUAAGUUUCAUGGUUACUCGCCUGCUGUUGUGACGGGGAAGCCCUUAGACCUUGGUGGUUCCCUUGGUAGAGAGGCUGCAACAGGGCGUGGUGUUGUUUUUGCUACCGAAGCUUUACUUGCUGAGCAUGGAAAGAAAAUCAAAGACUUAACAUUUGUUAUUCAGGGAUUUGGUAACGUGGGAUCUUGGGUUGCAAGACUCAUCCAUGAAAAAGGAGGAAAGGUUGUUGCAGUGAGUGAUAUCACCGGCGCUGUAAAGAAUCCAAAUGGGAUCAAUGUAUUCGACCUGCUUGAACACAGAGAAAAGACCAAUAGUCUCGUAAAUUUCCAAGGUGCAGAUGGCUUGGAUCCGAAUGAACUUCUAGUUCAUGAAUGUGAUGUUCUUAUCCCAUGUGCUUUAGGUGGAGUUUUGAACAGGGAAAAUGCUGGUGGUGUGAGAGCAAAGUUUAUAGUAGAGGCAGCUAACCACCCUACUGAUCCAGAAGCAGAUGAGAUCCUAUCUAAGAAAGAAGUCAUAAUACUCCCUGACAUCUAUGCAAAUGCUGGUGGAGUCACCGUUAGCUAUUUUGAGUGGGUUCAGAAUAUUCAGGGGUUCAUGUGGGAUGAAGAGAAGGUGAACAAGGAGCUUCAAAGGUACAUGACAAGAGCUUUCUAUAAUAUCAAGAGCAUGUGCAAAUCACAUAACUGCAAUCUUCGUAUGGGUGCUUUCACUUUGGCUGUCAACCGUGUGGCUCGUGCUACCCUCUUGAGGGGUUGGGAGGCCUAGACAUAUAUAGAUGAAUUACUAUUUUCUAUGGUUUUACCUUCACUUCCUCUCUUUUUUCACUGUGCUUAAAUUACAAGCACUUGCAUGAUGAAAUUUACUGUCGAAUAAAGUUAUUUAACAUUAUUUGCAACAUUUAGUA